AUGCAGCUUUUCAUCCAGUCCGCGGGCGCCACCUCCACCCUCGACGUCGCGCCGACGGACACCGUCGCCUCCCUCAAGCAGUCCGUCGAGGACGGCAUGGGGCUGCCCAUCGAGCACCAGCAUCUGCUAUCUCGCGGCCGGGCCCUCGAGGACGGCCGCACCCUCGGCGACUACUCAAUCCAGGACACGGACGUCAUCGACGUCUGCCUGCGAGUCCGUGGCGGCCGCGUC